AAAAAAAAAAAACACUCCAUUUUGCUAAAAUCGGCUGUUCAAAAUGGAGGUUUAAAACAACAAGGAUAAAGAUGGUGUGGUUUUUACAAGCCGUACGACAUGAGAUAUUUCUUUUCGGUCUUUGUACACUGUUCCCAUUCGGAAAAGCUUGUGGCCCGAGUGAAUAUAAAUCAGCAGCUGGAGAAUGUUGCCCCAUGUGCAAUAUUGGAUCAAUAGUUCUCAGGGACUGUAGUGGGGACUUAAGUACCACAUGCAAACCCUGCACUCCAGGAACAUUCAUUAGUGAACCUAAUGGCCUUCCUAAAUGUUUCACAUGCAGAAACUGUGAUGAAAGUCAAGGUCUUUACAUCCAGCGUAAAUGCACUACAAUACAAGACACCAUCUGUGCUGUACUUGAUGGAUAUUACUGCAUUGAUUUCUCAAAUUUACAGUGCAGUCAUGCUCAAAAACACAGUGUUUGCAAACCAGGACAAGAAACAAAAACACCUGGAACCAAGACAUCAGAUACAGUAUGUGCGGACUGCCCUCAUGGGUUUUAUUCUCCAUCAGGUCUGAACUGCACCAAAUGGACAGAUUGUUCAUCUAGGAAUGAAAGAGAGACAGAAAAUGGCAGCUCUGUUAAAGAUGUCACAUGCAUACCGAAAAGACGGGAAAGAUAUGGUCUCAUUUUUGCAAUAGUUUUAACACCAUUAUUCUACAUAAUUCUAUACCUUGCCCCACAGAGCACAAGUUGUAAACUUAAACAUCCUGUUGAAGAAACAAAUCCAGCAAUUACAACUCAACCCGAAAAGCAACACACCGAGUGUGAUGUUGCUUUCUUCUCCGUCUGCUGUGACCUUGACGUGGUGGAGAAGCUUGAGUUCCUCAGUACCUUGAGAACUGUGAGAGCAGGUUCAACCACACCAGUGUAA